GCCUGACCACGACGUGAAGAAGUGCGGAUGUCGGCGAACUUGUCGUAUGUUCGUGUAGUCCAUUCUCAUGUUUGUGUGAUGUUGGUACACGUUCGGUGUGCCUUCUUGUUGGGUCGGGGCAUGUGAACUGCAGAGUCCAACAGUCAACAAAACGUCUCACUCUCAGUGACUCUCUUUAUCAUCGGAUGCCGUUAUCAGCCCGCGCCAAUUGCUUGCAAAUUCGUUUAGUUCGCCGAGAUCCGAACUUCAUACAGGUGCCUCUUUUCGAUGUUGAUUUGGGGGCCGAUACCGUUGAUGUGCUAUGGUGGCGGGGAGACCGGUCUGUCUUGAGUAUUCCUGGGGGGGAAGGACACACCCCGGUUCACGACUGGCCGUCGACAUCAACCAGGGGGGAAGAGGAGGGCGUACAGCAACCUGCGCAUAAGAGAAGGCGAGGUCCUCGGGAAGAGGGUGCGGGUUCUGCAAAGAAACAUAAGGCAAGGACCCCCCAGACGACGGGGGGGGAAAGGAAGGGAGUUGAGGGGCAAGAGGGCACAUCGGGUUGGAAACGCCCGGCGUCGGUGCAGAAACAGCCUCAGGCGGGUGCUCUCGAGGCGAAGGGUCCCAUCGACAUCGACACCUCGUACUUCCUCGAACAGAUAUACGGCGUGCUGACAAAGCGGAAGUUCUUCAUUAGUCCGUCGCUGGUCGUCGAUAUCGGUGAUUGGGAAGCGUCCUACAACCAACGGUCGCUGGAUCCCGUGCACACGCAGCUUAUCAUUGAUGCGAUGAGGAUGGCCUUCUCGCAAGCCGAGAAGACGUACGAGUUGCCUACCCUAAAGCUGGCGCCACUCGGGCUGGAGAAACCAAAGUCGGGCGUACGGGCGGAUCGUCUGAAGCCAGAGGACUGGAAGGACGAGCUCGCAGGCCAAUACUAUUAUUACCGUGUGGGAACUGGGUAUGGAAUCCUUCGAGAAAUGGAAGACAGAGAGACUUUGGCACCCGAGGGGGCGAAGUGGAUCACAAAGAAAGGGAAAGUGAAGGACAUCAGGCCCGACGUUAGCCACAUCGAAAACGGGAAGUUGGGGCAAAAGGAGGUGGUCUACAACGUCCCCGUCGAGGCGCCCCAAAAGAAAGGAAAGAAGGAGAAAGAGCCUGGCGAUUGGUUUGUCCAGGUCACCGAGCCGGAUCCGCAUUGCUGGAAGAGCAUGGAAGCCCUUACCGACAACGAGAAAUGUAGGUUGCUCAAGAAGGUCCUCAACUGCGAGGUUGUGUGGGUGCAAACAGGCUCCGCUUCAUUGGCGAAGCAAGGGAGGCUGGGAGUACACCUGCUGAAGUGCGAUCUCAUCUUGGUGCGAUCGUGGAACUACAAUCAGUUUGUGUACGAGAAGUGGGCAGAUACGGACUGGACACGUGCUUAUACCUUUCUGAAGAAGCAGGAGGCGAUUUUGGUGGAGUUCGAGAAGCAGGGAAUGGAUGCCGUGUUGUGGGACGGGAGCAGGAAGCUCGUCGGUGACGCCUCGUUGUUCGAGGAUUGUCCGCCGUACACAGGGUGCGAGGAUGACAAAACGAUCAAGGCGACGAAAAAAUUCGCCCUCAACAAGAAGUUGUCCGUCGACUGGAAGAACAAGGUCCUUUCCAAAGACUCGGGGGACGUGGCAUCGAUCUUCCCCUUUGGCUUUGACCCUCUGGAGGCGCAGAUGAGGGUCACGGAGUUGGAGAAAGCGGUUGGGACCACCAAAUGCCACACGUGCGUUCUCGAUCUGUGUGAGCCGGUGGACUUCAAACACUGGACGCCGAAAGCUUUCGAGAGUUUGAAUUCCCUCCUAGAGCAAUUGUUUCGGUCUCACUGGACGGUCUUCGCUUUCGUCCCUCGGCAGUGGGACUACAAAUUCAUGACCAGCGUGCGCCAUCUGCCCGUUGUGAAGGCAAUGGCAGGGAAGUGGGUCAAGAGGACGCAGCAGAAGAAAAGUUUUUCAGUGGGGAACAACUUGUACUCGGCUGACGACCGCGUGUACAUUCUCUUGAAAGGUGAUGAUUUGCGGGAGAAUACUUGUCUCGUCUACGAUGGUAGGUUGUCGGCAGGUGACGUUGCGGCUGUAGGGGUACAUCAGAAAGUGACCCCGACAGACAUAUCGGAGACUCCCUUCGACCCUUGCGAGUGGCCGUCGGCCAUGCCUGGAGUUGACAGGAAGGUCUACAAGGACAUGGAGCGAAACCACACACAAUUGACCCAUCUGCUGGAAUUUGUAUGCAAGAAGGAGGAGGGCGUCAUGUUUCUCGGUAAGCCGCACGCGCGAAUCGUGUGGGAGGUUUUGAAGAGUGGCCGACACGUGGUCGCGCUGGAAGGGAAUUCUGAGUUGCUGCAAUACACGUUGGACUUCCUCAAAAGCGAGGUCAACUCUGGAGCCAGCCGCUGCGAGUUCGUUUCGAGGAGCGAAAAACCAACACGCGUUUGGGAACCGUCUACGGACAUGUGGUUCACGUUGAGCGAGCGGAACAGGAACAGGAUCUACGAGCUCCUCUUUUUGGAAACGCGGCCCAAGAGGGACAAUGACGCUGAGUACAUGUGCCGCAAGGAACACAUGUUGGCAUUGCUGGACAACUACCACGAUGCCUCACGCAAGAACGCAAAGAACUUCCUCGACCGACUGGAGUGUUUGUACUUCGUCGAGCCCGAGUAGGUGUUGAAGCUCGAGAGUUAUGGUGCCUUGAUCUCCACGGACGACGAGGCGGAGACAG